CGCCGGUGGUCAGGGUGACCCGCCAAGCGAGUCAUGGCGACAUGGAGACCCUCGUCUGCCAGGCCCAUGGCUUCUACCCCAAGGAGAUCGAUGCCACUUGGAGGAAGGAUGGGGAGGUCUGGCUGCAGGACACGUUCCGUGGCACUGUGGCCCCCAACUCGGACGGGACCUACUACACCUGGCUGGGCAUCAGGAUCAGCCCCCAGGACCGAGGGCGCUUCUGGUGCCACGUGGAGCACGACGGCCUGUUGGAGCCUCUGGACGUGGCCUGGGAGCAGCCGAGUGCAUCCAACACGGGGCUCAUUACUGGGUGCAUCACGGGAGCUGCACUUCUGGUGGCUGCGAUUGCCGGGACCUGUUUUUAUAAAAAAUGUCAACAUGGCUGCAAAGCAGGCUCAGGGAGGAGCCCAGCCAUCUAGCACCCCGGAGGUGAGUGGCGGGGGGUGGACAGGGUGGUGGCUGCCGAGGGACGAAGGCCCCAGGUGGGAUGCAGCUCUCGAAGAUCGCGUCUUGGGGAUGUUCAAGAGUGGAGUCCUCCCCAGGCGGGGGGGUGAGACCCCAACCUGCAGCUGCUACACUGGGGGAAAUGCCUCCCUCCCACUGAAAAUGGAGGAGCAGCAGGGGGAUCCAUGACCCUGAGCCCCCGAACUCUGGGAUGGCUGGAUGGGGAGGACAGCUCCCCUCCUCUUGCAAGGGAGCUGGUGUCACAGACCGCCCACUCCUGGCAUGGCUGGAUCUGGCCAAGAGUCCUGCACGAUUCUUCUCGCCCUGAACUGGUGGUGAAGGAACUGGGGGUGGGGAGUGAGGGGGCCGUUUCUCGGAGAAAAUGCUGGUGGAGCUGCAGCAUCCAUUCUCUGGUGGUUUGGGGAAUCUUCCCCCCGUCCCCGGACUCCUGAGGCGGCUCCAUCUGCACCCGCUGCUGCCUGGGAUGAGGGCACUGAGGUGCCCUCUCCCAGUCUGAGCUCCAUGCUGGACUCCGCCGUUCUUCUUUUUGCAGCCGACUGGCCGUCGCCCACACUCCGCGGGGCUGGCAAGAUCCCCAGGUGGCAAGAGAAGUGGGCACUUCUGCAUCUGGGGCUAUUCCGUCCUCUGUGGGGGCUUCUGCACUCGCUACACGAUUGCAGGGUCCAGAGGAAGGGCGCCUGGGAUCGCACGCCAAGUCCCUGCAAAAGCGCUUUCUGUGACAGCUCUCGAGCCAGGCAGCAACAGCAUUGCCGCACAAGCUGCAGCUGCCUGCGUUGCAAUUACCUGGCCGGGGGGGGGGGGGCGGGGAGAAAGAGCUCACCUGGAGGUUAUUUAUAAUUUAAGGGCAAGAACUAAUUUCAUUAAAUAAACAAAUUUAUAUUUGUGCCGGUUGUUUU